ACUUGUCCUGUGGAAGGUCCACAGUCUGCGGCUAGUGGAACAUCAGUAGUUUGGGUUUGUUUGGUUCUGGAGCUUCUGCAGGGUGUUUGUGGUGGACACUGCGGUUCCGGAGAAUGCUGCUGGUUUUGUCUGAAGAACAUAAAGACCACCUGGGCUUUUUACCGAAGGUUCCGACGGCAGUGGUCGCAGAGUUUGGACGUAUCGCACUGGAGUUUCUGAGAAAAGGAACCAGCCCGAAGAUCUAUGAGGGAGCAGCCAGGAAGCUCUGUGUUCCAGUGGAUGUGGUCCAGCAUGGAGUGGAAGGACUCAUGUACCUGAUGCUAGAGAGCUCCAAACACAUGAUCUCUGAAGUGGAUUUCCUGGACUCUGUGUUGGUUCUGGGCUUCAAUGAGGAUCUGAAUCAAACCCUCUUACAGCUUUACCUGCAGCACCACAGUCAGAUCCGCAGCGUUGUCAAUCAGCUGCCCUUCAACCCGCCUUCAUACCACAACCUGGAAUGGAGACUGGACGUACAGUUGGCCAGUCGUUCACUUCGGCAGCAGCUCAUUCCUGUGCUGACCGUCCAGCUGCUUCUGUCAGGACAUUCCAACAGUAGUCAGGUCCUCCAGACGGACCCCAGCACCCUUCUGCACCUCAUCUCCACCCUGGAAACGGCACUGACCGCCAUGAAGUCCAGCCACGCUCGACGCAUUCUACGCAACAUCAAAUGACCCUGUCAGUCAUCCCAUUCAUCAGUGCUGAAGGCUUUUUCUGAUUUGGGUCUGAACAUAUGUAACUGAUAAGGACACGGUGGCACGCCGCCUCUGUAGGAAAGCUACCGUUGUAAUAAAGUCUAAGAUGGUCCAACAAAUGCAGGACUUUUCUUUGAGAUCUGUUUUCUGUUUAUUCACUAAUGUUCAACCCCUUUUCAAAUCCACUGUAAAUCUCAACCCAUUGUUGUCUCUGUCUCUAGUGGACUGUUUGUCUCUAUUGUGUCCAGGUCCACAUGUUGUCUGGGUUCAUGUCAGAACUGUGUGUCGUGAGCAAUGUAAAUACCGACGCCAAACUCCUUGUAUGUGUUCACAUACUUGGCCAAUAAAGCUGAUUCUGAUUCUUUGUCUGAUUACAGUGAAAUGACUCUAAAUGCACAUCUGGUUUGUUUUUGUCAUUGUUCGGAUCACUUCUUAAAGGGCUGCAUUACUAAUAAUGGCACUGAAUGUUCUGUUGUAUAUAUCUUCUAUGUAUAUAUGUAUUGAUGCACUGUUACUCAUCUGAAAUAUGGUUCAGCCCAUCAGUGUUCCACAAGGACAUGGCAGGUGCGUCUGUUCAUGAAAUAAAAGCAGACUGGGAAUUACAAUGUCUUGGUCAAAUUA